ACUGCUGCUGCUGCUGUUUGCUCCUGGUCGACUGUGGCUAGCGACUGACUCUCUAGCCUAUGAAUGGUCCACAAAGCAGAUAACUGUAUCCACUGUAGAACCUACUAUCGAAACCUAAAAGACACCAAGCAGCCAUCUUUUCUCUUUUUUAUGAGUAGCUGAAAACACCCCAGUAUCGCCCGUUGGAUGAGAACAUUGUGUGAGGAAAUAGAGCCGCUUAGCAGGCCGUGUCGCCAUUGCUUUGUAAGGCUGCUGGCUAGCUACCGUCUGCUUCAACUAGCAAAGCUGUUCGUGAAGCCCAGCAACACGGAGCUUCAAGAUGAAGAAGAAAGCUCGGCAGCACCGGGUUGCGGUGCCGCAGAGGCCGCCAUCUCCCAUCAAGCCUUCCCCCAACAAGCAGAUCCUGACUUACGCCCAGGCACAGCGUAUGGUGGAGCUUGAUAUCGAUGGACGCAUCCAUCGGCUCAGCAUAUAUGACAAGCUGGAGGUGAUCUCGGACGAUAACCCCAUGGUGCAAGAGAUGAUGGAGUGCACCAGCAAUAAGGAGAAUGCUGAUAAACCGCAGCAGCAGGUCCUCUUGAGGUCGGUCAGACUAAAAAACAAUCAGGAGAAGAGAAACGCUGCGCUGGGCAUCACCAGUCAUGGAGAGGGAGGUGGACAUCAUGCUGGUGGCAACGCUGGUCCGACUCUUCCAGACCCUAAAUUUCGUACUGUGGAAUAUAACCUUCCAGCAGUUCCUAAGCGUCCAGCUGCCUUUUAUAAAUAUCAAGAGAAGACUGAAGAAGAACUGGACGAGGAGACAGAGUACGACAUGGACGAGGAAGAUUAUGCCUGGCUUGAUUUGGUCAAUGAAAAACGACGAAGUGAAGGGAUCAGUCAGAUCUCUCACAACGUUUUUGAGUUCCUGGUUGAUCGCUUUGAGAAAGAGUCGUACCUGGAGAGCUUGGAUAAAAGCAGUGAAAAGCAGGCUCCGAUUGAUGACGAUGCUGUUUGCUGCAUCUGUAUGGACGGCGAGUGUCACAACAGCAACGCUAUUCUAUUUUGUGAUAUGUGCAACGUGGCCGUACACCAGGAAUGUUACGGCGUGCCCUACAUUCCUGAGGGCCAGUGGCUCUGCAGACAUUGCCUCCAGUCACCCACCCAACCUGCAGACUGCAUCCUUUGUCCCAGCAAGGGUGGAGCAGUAAAAAAGACAGAAGAUGACCGCUGGGGCCACGUUGUGUGUGCCCUCUGGGUCCCCGAAGUUGGCUUCUCCAACACAACCUUUAUCGAACCCAUCGAUGGCGUCAGCCACAUUCCCCCAGCCCGCUGGAAGCUCACCUGCUAUUUGUGUAAAGAGAAAGGCGUUGGGGCAUGCAUCCAGUGCCACAAAGCAAACUGUUACACCGCCUUCCACGUCAGCUGUGCCCAAAAGGCUGGUCUCUUUAUGAAGAUGGAGCCCAUCAAAGACGUAACAGAGACGGGUGAGCCCACCUUCUCUGUUAAAAAGACAGCCUACUGUGGAGCUCACACACCUAAUGGCUGCGUAAGGAGGCCACUUACAAUCUAUGAUGAUGCCAAGCCCAAAAACGGACUGUGUAAGAAAGUGGACAAGGGGAGAGGAGUUGGUAAAGGACAGUCCAAAGGAAAACAGAAGAAGAAGAGUAAGAGUAAGAAGCCUGAGCCUGAGCCUGAGCCUGAAGUUGAAAGUGAAGAACCAGCCCCCGUUACUGUGCCUACUUUUCCUGCUCACAGGUUACAAAAUAUUCUCAACCAGGUGUCUAUCCAGAAGAAGAAAGCAUUUGUGGAGCUGGUUCUAAAUUACUGGACUCUUAAAAGGCAAUCCAGGAACGGGCUUCCCCUGAUCAGACGCCUCCAGACAAGCCUGCAGUCUCAGAAGAAUGCGCAACCGAAGCAGAAUGAGGAGGAGACCAGAGCACUGAAGGACCAGCUGAAGGAAUGGCACCGGCUCCGGCAUGACCUGGAGAGAGCCCGGCUGCUGCUGGAGCUAAUCCGCAAGAGGGAGAAGCUCAAGAGGGAAGAGAUUAAGUUCCAGGAGACUCUUCUUGAGAUGCAGCUGACUCCCUUCAGUAUUUUGCUCAGAGCCCUCUUGGACCAGCUCCUGGCUAAAGACCAGGCCAAGAUCUUCGCCCAGCCGGUUGAUGUCAACGAGGUGCCCGACUACCUGGACCACAUCAAGCACCCUAUGGAUUUCUCCACCAUGCGGCAGCGAAUUGAUGCCCAGAGGUACUGCAACUUGGAGCAGUUUGAGCAUGACUUCAACCUCAUUGUUGACAACUGCAUGAAAUACAACUCGAAGGACACAUAUUUCUACCGGGCUGCAGUUCGACUCCGAGACCAGGGCGGGGCGCUGCUUAGAAAGGCACGACGCGAGGUGGAGAGGAUCGGCUUUGACAUGGAAAGCGGCAUGCAUCUGACAGAAGCUCCUGAAAUCAAAACACCGCCAUCCUUUUCUUGGGAGGACGUGGAUCACCUACUCGUGCCAGCCAAUCGGGAGCACCUGUCACUGGACAAGCAGCUACAGCAGCUACUGGAGAAGUUCGAUCUGACCUGCGCCAUGAAGUCCAGCCCCUCCCGCAGCAAACGCAUCAAGCUGUUAAAAAAGACCAUCAAUGACGUGCGAAGCGAAAUGAGCCUAAAAAGAGUCCUACCCUCUCACCACCAUCACCAUCACCACCACCACCAUCACCACCACCGCACUCCCUCCACAGCCCCUUCCACAUCUGCAUCAUCAUCAUCAGUUCCCUACCAGCCAGAGUCGGGUAAACCUAAAGAGGAGAAAUUAAAGACUAAUGGACACGUCCCAGACGAUGAGGGAGACAAAUCUCUUCCUCCUAAACUGGAGCCUUCAGACUCUAUUCCUCCUCUCAUUCACUCAGACACAGACCCCGAACCCCCCACCCUCAAACCAAUCGACGCUGCCCCAGACUGCGAAGACAAGACUCAAGGAAAGGGCGCAAAGUUCGACAGGGAAAUACCGGACCUGCUGUCAUCGGCCCCGCGCCUCAAUGGCUUCUCCCACGACAGCCUCCAGAAUUCUUUGCUAGACAAAGACGUGAGCGUGGUGGCCACGUCCACUCUCGCUGAGCCCGCGGGCAACGUGAAUCGCCGGACCGCUGUGCUCUUCCGUAAAUCGAAGGCCUCCAGUCCACACAAGCCCCCGAAGAGUGGAGAGAAGGAUGUUGACGGAGCCGACAGAGAAAAGGGUGAGGAAGGGGAGGUAGAGGGGGAGGAGGAAGACGAAGACGGCGCACAGCUGGGCUCCAAAUCCUUCCUGUCAGUGGUCAUACCCAGGCUGGAGACGCUGCUUCACGGCAAGAAGCGAAAGCACAGUGGCGGCAGAGACAGCGAGGACGAGGGAGGGGAUGGAGAGCAUGAAGAGGAGGGCGAGUCCCCUGUUAAAAGGCUUGACACUGGCCUGUCAAGCGGUUUCCUUGAAGAAGAAGAGGAGAAGGAGCUUGAAGCGUCCAGUAGAACCAGUAGACCUGUGGAACCACGUAGACGCUGUGCCUCUGAGUCCUCCAUCUCCUCAUGUAGCAGUCUGCCAGGAGGCACCAGCACCAUUCUCAGUCUUCCAAAAUGUGGGAAAGGCAAACCUGCGUUGGUCCGGAGAAACACUGUGGACGAUAAGAGUGAAUUAAUCGCCUGCAUCGAAAAUGGGAAUUUCGCAAAAGCUGCAAGAAUCGCCGCCGAGGUUGGCAACAGCAAUAUUUGGAUGCCCACUAGUGCUGCAACAGUUGCAUUGGAACCCCUAAAGCUAGUUUGGGCCAAAUGUAGCGGAUACCCUUCCUACCCUGCCUUGAUCAUCGACCCCCACAUGCCGCGUGUGGGCUGCCAGCACAACGGGGUGUCCAUCCCCAUGCCCCCCAUGGACGUGCUCCGCAUCGGAGAACAGAUGCAGUACAAAGCCGAAGAGAAACUCUACCUCGUCCUCUUCUUCGACAACAAGCGCAGCUGGCAAUGGCUUCCUAGAUCCAAAAUGGUUCCUCUGGGGAUGGACAAGACCAUCGACAAGAUCAAAAUGAUGGAAGGACGCACAUCCAGCAUUCGCAAGGCUGUCCAGAUCGCCUUCAGCCGUGCCAUGAACCACCUGAGCAUAGUGCAGGACGAGCCAGUCAGCGACCUCAGCGACGUAGACUGAAGACACUCACUGACUCUCUCUCCCUCACACACAAACACACAAACUCGUACCUCUCCUGUACCAAAUACCUUCCUCUCCCCGCCCUCUCUCUGUCUCUGCAGGAGACUCAAAUGUUUACUUGGCACCUGCUGUAACAGGUGGUGUCUCUCCUCAUCCAUUCCUACUUGUACACACUCCUACCAUGUGCCGAUGGGAUACGGCUGCUGCUGAAAUGAAUGUGUCUAUCUUACUUCUCCACCUCCAGGCUUGUAACUGUGCUUAGAGACUGCUUCUUUUGUCCCUCCACCCUCACUCCAACCAUCAUCAUUCAUCAUUUCAAGGCAAAAAACAUUAGUGAUUGAUUUCCUACACUUUGGUAAACUUACCAAACAUGUCUCUGGACUCAAUACAAGAACAUCACACCAACCAAAUGCUGAUAGAUUUUUGGCUGCAGCUGAUAUGAUUUUCAACUCUGGUCAUUAUCAUGGCAGGUAGCCAAUCACAAUUUCUGUUAAAAAGCAGCUACAGUAGCUGGCACAAUAGCCGAAUUGGAAAAAAAAAAAGUACAUUUCCUGACUACACGAGGGCCCUUGAGUUGUACGUUCUCUUGACUCAGCUGUAGCCAAAGUCUAUAUUUAUGUCAAGGUCACAUUUCCAUACUUUAAAUCAUCUCCAUUUACAAGUACCUUCCUUUGUAUUUAAACUGUAAAUAAUGUGUACAGUUGCCUGACACUAACUUAUUUUGUAGUUUUGACAUAAAUGGGUACUGUACAGGAGUUUUCUUAGUAUUUAUACUUGAUGCUUUCUUGGCACUGAGGUGUGAGUGCUAUUUUGCCAGUGCUGUAUGAUCAAGAAGAGAAAAAAAGCCUUAGUAUUAAGGAGAUUAGGGCUAAAAUGUCAUGUUUUGAAAAGUAUGAGAGUAUACCUUUUUUCAUUUUCUUUUAAGUUAUUGAAGUUUAUAAUCGUAAGCUUCCAUUUGGUAUUAAUCCUUUUUGUAUUAAAAUAGUUUUAGUAUAUUUUUGUUCCUAUAUAUUUAUAUGAUUUGAAUACACAGUAAUACAGUAUGUAAGUCUCUGAAGCUCAUACAGGCGGUCUGAUGUUGUGGACAAAGGACGUAUAUUGUUCUCAAGAAACCAAAAAUGUUGCUACCCAGAAGUUUUUGCUGAUUGAUUUUCCGUGUGAUGUGUGAAAUUGUUGCCAAAAAAAGGAGGAAAAAAAGUGAAAAUGUAUUUAAUGUGAUACAUUUGACUGUUAUUGAUUUUUGCUGUAGUCGUAGGGAGAUGUGCCUGCGUUAACUUAUUGUAAAGUAUUUGCAUCACUUUAUAUUCAAGGAACGACGUGCAAAUCGAUUGUGGUAAAGUGACACAUUUUGUGGUGGAUACUUGCCUUCUUUUUAAGUAACCUUUUCUAACUUUUUUUUGUAGAUGUAGACUUCAAGACAUUUCAUUUUAUACUAUUGCCUAUUUUUUUUCCUGGGUAGCAUUGGGUAGUUUUGGUAUAUUUCAUUUUGUAUUUAACUGUAGUAGUUUUUUUAAUCAGGUAAUACAAAAUAUUGCUGGGACUGUUUUUUGUAGCAAAGCAAAAAAUAAAAGAUAUAAACACAUAUCCCUCUUCCUUUUUCAGACAUAAAGGUAAUAUUUAUAGUUUGAAAGAUGUAAUUUUUUUGGGCAUGG